GAUGAGACACAGCCGAGGACACAAAGCGACCACCAACCUCUCCGAUGCUGUGUGGACAUAACACAACAAGAAGCCCCAUCAAACAACACACUGUAUCUCCAAGCUAACAGCUCAGCUAACGUCUCUGUGUGGAUAACAUCAUUUACACCUGAGGAGGAGCCGCCACGAGACACCAGGAGAAAUGUUGUAAAACUUUAUUUUAUACCCGCGUUUUAACGGUAACCUCCAAAAUUCAGCCGGACAAGGAGCCAACUGUCGUCCGAGUUCAGACACUUUGGGCAGGGUGCUGUCCUGUGGGAUGGAUGACACCCAAGAGCAGGACCACUACGAGGAGCGCCUAAAAGAAGUUUUUAACAGCUUUGAUGCCAGCGGCUGUGGCUCACUGUGCCCGGAGGAACUCUCCGACCUCUGCCAGUCCCUGCACCUGGACGAUGCCACGCCAGCUCUUCUCCAAACACUACUGCAGAGCCAGGACCGCCUCACUGCCAGGGUUGACUUCGACCAGUUCAAGAAUGCACUGAUUCUGGUGUUGUCAUCAACUAUUGAGGUGCCACAAGCAGAACAGGAGACCUUGUCAAGACCAGAAUCUCCUGAGAUUGAACCAAAGUUUGUGAAGGGCAGUAAACGUUACGGCCGCCGUUCCACGCCAGAGUUCAUCGAGCCUAUUUCAGACUUCUCUGAGGUUGCAAAUGCAAACCCGGCUGAGGAGGAGGAUGAUCCUGAGGACAACUAUGACUCAGCGGUUCCCCGGAAGCGUGAGCGCUGGAAUGCUCACGAAACAAGCACAGAGGAGUACGAGGCAGAAGGUCAGAUGCAUCUCUGGAACCCCGAUGAACCAAGCACACCUCGGGGGUCCAUCGUUCCUCUGCCGACCUGUGUAGAGGAGAGACUGCGUGAAGCCUGUGACGAGCUGCAGAUAUCGUGGGACGGGUGUGGCGGUCACACCGAACUGCUCGCUCUUUGUGAACACCUGGGCCUGGAGAUAAAUGCAGAUAUGCUCCAGAGUCUAACCAGCGAUGGCAUAAUGAGUGUUCAGGAGUUUGUUUCCAGGGUUGUAAACCACAACAAACCCCCCACACCGUCCGCCUCCACGCCCUACAGACAACUGAAACGACACCUUUCCACUCAGCCCUUUGAUGAAGGAGGCAGGAGGAUAGCCACCCCCUCUGCCCUGACAAGCACCAUCGGCAUGCGUCUCUUCUCCAACCUCGACGAUGGUACCGGUUUCACUCCAGUUGAAUACCUCCUGGAUGCCUGGAUAGAUGAGGGAAUAGAAAACAGCACUGAGAUCCUGCAGGCUUUGAAUUUUAACCUCGAUGGAAAACUGAGUCUGAGUGAUCUCACCCUGGCACUUGAGAAUGAGCUCCUCGUUACUAAGAAUGGGAUCCACCAAGCGGCACUUGCGAGCUUCAAAGCUGAGAUCAGAUAUCUCCUAGAGCGCGUGGACAGAGAAUUAAGGGAGAAAGAGAAGAUACGAUCUGACCUGGAGAAAGCAGAGAAACUGAAAACUCAGCUCGCCACUGAGGUGGAUGAGCGUCACUCUGCGAUCGAGCAGAUGAAUAACCUCAAUCUCAGGAAGCUUGAACAGGAGCACAAAGAGAAGCUCGCAGCAGCACGAUCAGAGCUGAUGAAGGAGAUGGACCAGAUGCAGCAGCAGGCCGACGCGCAGCGCAAGGAACUGGAGGCAGAGGUGGAGAAGAUCAAAGAGGAUGAAUCUUUUCUCAGGGACCACCUCUCCAUCUCUGUGAAGGAGAACAGACGCCUUGAAAUGGAGCUGCUGGACGCCACAGAAAAACUAGUGGAGGCACAGAGCCAAAAUACAAAACUCCAGACAAGUUUGGACAACGUUAUGAAAGAACGGUUUGGGGACUUGGACCCCAGCAGUGCAGACUUUCUUCUCCAGGAGGAACGCAUCAAGGACCUACGCAGUGGCUACGAAGCUCAGUACAGGGAGCUGCAGGAUCGUAUUGACGAGCUGCAGUCAGAGUUGCAGGAGUUUCACAGUCUCGGAAGAGUUCAUCAACCCUGCCACAAACCUCUCUCUGAAGAGCUGGAGAGUAAAAGCCCCGGCAUGGAGUCUGAUCCAGGUAUCGGUUCAGAUGAGGUUCAGCCCUUCAGCAUGAGCCUUGAGGCAGAGAUGAUGUUAGAGCAGCUGAAGGAGCAGCACCUUCAGGAAAUGGAGGAUCUGCGAAACCAGCUGGAAAGCAAGAUCAAUGAAUUUGAUAAGAUGGUGGGAAAGCAGAGGGCGACUCAUGAGGACCAGAAGGCUGCCUUAACCCUCCAGUACCAGCAGGAGGUCCAGGCUCUGAGGGAGGAGAUGGACAGCAUUCAGAGUCACGAACAGGAGCUCCAGAGCCAGCUGGAGCAGGCCGAGCUUGAGCGGACUUCUCUGGAGCAGAAGCAGGCCGAGGAGAGGGCAGAGCUGGAGAAUCUGCAAGAGGAGGAAGUGGGAACUCUUAGACAACAACUGCUAGAGGCCCACACCUACACUGCAGACCUGGAGGAGCAGCUGAAGACACUUGAAGCCCAGCAGACCGAGAUGGAUGGCAACCUCGCCAAUGAGAUAGAUGAGCUGAGGAAGCAACAUGCUACUGAGAUGAAUAAACUGGACGAAGAGCAUGAGGAGCUUCUUGAAGCCAGACUGGACGAGGAGAGAAAGAAACUGCAGGAAGAAAAGGCUGAGUUCGAGAAGAGAUUGUUAGAUGAUAGCGAGAGGGAGAAGGAGCUGUUGCAGCAAAGCCAUGAGGAUGAACUGAAGGCCAGACUAGAGGAGGCAAAGGUUAGGUUUGAGGAGGAGCGUGAUGAGAUUGUGCAGAGGCUGACAGAGCAGUGGCAGACAGAGAGGGCUCAGCUGGAUGAACAGAAUAAUGAGUCCCUGCAGGUGGUGUUGGAGGAAGAGAUGUUGAGACUUGUCAGGGAGCAAGAGGAGAAGGAGGCCAAGCUCAGGGAGCAGUGGGAGUGCGAACGAACCCAGCUUCAGGAGCAUCAGGAGGAGGCUCUGCUCGAUAGAGUGCUUCAAGAGAGGUUGCAGGUACAGGAGAUGUUUGAGCAGAGGGAGAAAAAGCUGAAGGAGGAGUGGGAGAGGGAGAGACUGCAGCUGGAGGAGGAUUACGAAGGGAUGGUACAGGACAGGCUGAAUGAAGAGAGGCAGAAGCUUGAGACUGAGAGAGAGGAGGACGAGAAGAGACUAGAACACUUACUGGCAGAGGAGAGGGCUCGUCUAGAGGAAAGCCACCGAGAGGCCCUGAAGGAGCUGACUGACAAACACAGUGAAGAGAGGGAGGCUCUCAGCACCAUGUUGGGCAAACUACAGGAUGACAUCGCUCAAGAGAGAUCUGAGGCGAGUCGUCUUGCUGAAGAAAACGUCAUCCUCAAGCAGAAGAUUGCAGCGUUGAAGGAAGAGGACAUGAAAGUACUUCAGGAAGAGCUGGUGCAAACAAUGGAGCAGUUGCAGAAAGGGAACAUUGCAGCUCAAAAGGAAGCAGAGAACUUCGAGAAACAGAUUUCAGAGCUGCGUUUGCAGAGCCAAUCACUGGAGGACGAGAACGGGCUGCUGUCAGAGAAAAAUACCCAAAAUAUUUCUGAUAUGGAGAAUCUACGCCAGCAGCUGGCAGAGCUGAUAAAUGAAAACGAGAGGAGGGAGGUGUUCACUGCUGAGGAGAAAAACAAGCUGGCAGCUUGUGUGUUGGCUCUGGAGGCAGAGCUGACCAAAGCUCUGGAGGACACUGCACAGCUGGAGCAGAGGAAUACCCAGCUGUCACAGCAGCUCUCUGACCUCAGAGAGGAGGCGGUUAAAGUAGACUUAAUGGAGAGUCAGCUCAGCCACCUGGUGGAGGAGCGGAGAAGCGCGGAUAAGGAGACCCAGGGCCUCUGCAAGCAGUUAUCCAAAGCUCAAGAGAAGGUCAAGACAGUGGAUGAAACUCUUCAGGCUGUGAGCAAUCAAAGCGCUCGUCUUAAGUCAGACCUCCGAGUUUUGCAGCAGGAGAGGGAUUCCCUCAAACAGGAAGUUGCAGUGCUUCACAAACAGCUGCAAAAUGUCAGUGAAAAGAACCACAUUUUAGAGAAGACUUUGCACUCGAGUGGCGUCCACAGUCCGAGCAAGAAGCUGUACAGAGACGAGAUGUCUCGGCUGGCGGACCAAGAGCGGCAGCUGCUGAGGCAGGAGAACGACAGGCUUCAGGCUGAAGUGCGUAACGUCAAAGGAGACCUGGUGCAGUCCAAAGAAAAGGUCUGCCAGCUGGAUGCCACCAUCGUGUCCCUGAAGCAGCACAAACAGCAGAGUCAGUCCUCGCUGGUGAAGGCCUUGGAGCAGGAGAACGCCUCUCUGAGGCAGGAGCUCGAGGCACAAAAAGAGCUCACCAAGGGCUGUGAAUCAGGACAAGGACACACAGAGCCAGAGAGCCUUCAACAAGAAAAUGAUGCACUCAAGGCCCAAAUGGCUCAACUGUCUACACAGCUGCUAGAGGCAUUUCAGGCUCAGCUGGUCGGACUUCUGCCGCCAUCACCUCACAGGAUGCCCAGGGGACAGCAUCGUGGUGAAGAUCCGGACAACAUGCAGGGGCCGAUGCCGGAGCAGCGGGCGGCUCACGCAGACAGCUACCGGCGGAUCGGUGGAUUGUAACACCAGCGUCUUUCCCCUGCUCUUCACUUUAGCCUCUUUGCUUCCCCUCCAAGACUGCUCCUCUUUUCUCAGUCCUGCUCUUCCUCUGCCGUGUCUGGAGCCAAAAUCUGACUGUGGCACGUGAUGCCGUCCUUUCUGCGUCCUUAUAGGAGAAUGUGAACUAAUGUGGUGCCUGAUUCAAAGGGCAUAGAUGUGUAAUUGUAUUUCCCUGCUGCUAGGUGGCAGGAAAACACAGAGGAGGGUACUGAGGUUUUUCCCAAUGGGAUUUUAUAAAAUAACGACACUGAGAAUUUAAAUUCAGACAUGCCAUAUGAAAUUUAACAUCUACAAACACAAGACUUUGUUACAAGGGUCCGAUCCUGUUUUGUGCUUUUUGUAGUUUGAAUACAGGGAAUGUUUUUAACACAGGGUGUAUUUCUUGUUAUGCACUUGUACCAUUUAUCAUCAUGUGAGACAGGGUAUAUUUACAUCCUCAGAGGCUCACUCUUGUGUGACAGCUUGCCUUACGAUCAUCGAGGAGUGUUAAGUUGAGGCGAGGUUAGUGCCUAACAGCUUCCUGAGCCUUUUCCAGCAAUCAAGCAACCUGUAACUGUCAGGUGACGUUACUGUCUGUGUCCAGUAUGAGAUUUCUCUGUGAACGUUUUCACUGUUUGUCCUUUGUUGUUUAUGCCUGUAUUUCUUAUCUGACACUACACAUAGCUGAAUGUUUCUUCAAGCUACCUGUUUGUGUUCUGAGACUGUGUGUGUGUGUGUGUGUGUGUGUCGCUGCUGCUGCACAACCAAAGUGAAUUGCAUCUUUCUGUUUUUUUUUCUUUUUCUUGUUCAAACACGUCAAACAACUUUGAAUGUUUAUCUGGUAUUUAUUAUUAGAAACCAAAUCAUUGUUUGUCCCCAGUAGUGAUGUGUUAAUGUUGUAUCUGUGUUUUGAGUCAUUUAGUGAGUCUUUAUUUUUGGACCAUGUAUAGAUUUAAAUGGAUUUUAUUGUUUUGUUUUAUUUAUUUUAAAGGCAUAGUUUGGAUUUUUUGAAGUGGGGUUAUAUGAGAUACUUAUUCAUAGUCUGUGUAUUACAUACAGUAGAUGGCUGUAGGCCUGCUCCCAGUUUGGAGAAGCAGGUAGAUGUACUGACACAGAAGCUAAGCAAUGUCCUGCUGUGGGUGGGGGCAGCAAUAAAACAUAUUUUAGCCUCCUAAAAAAUCUAUAAAUGUUUAAGUGUACGCUGUACUCAAAGUAUUUUCAUCACUUUACCUUUUCGAUAGACAGCCCAAUCCAACAGGGAAGUCGUUUGCAGCUUUAUUUCCCUGAUUAUGCUCUCGUCAAAUCCACCAGACUCCAUUGACAAAAACAGCAAUUUUAGCUCACUGAACACGGCAAUUCUGUUGCUGCUUCAAUCUGCAAUUAGUUUGAGUUAUUGUGUGACUUUGGUGAAUCUGAACUAACCCUUUUAAACACCAAAGUCACACAAUAAUGCAAAAAAACUAGCUGAUGGAGGCAAUGGUAGACCUGUGUUCAGCAGUGUUAAAUCACUGGUUUUCUCAAUGGAGUCUGGCUUUGAGGAGAGUGAUAUAAUGGCUUCAGUUCCCUGUCUCACAAAAAUGUAAAAUUGAAAAUAUUCUAAAUGUAGUGUACACUUAAACUAUAGUGAUCUCUUUAAGCAACUAAAAUACAUUUUGCUGCUGUCCCCAUCCACAACAGUACAAUGCUUCACUCCAGUGUCCGUAAUCCUGCUGCUUCUCCAAACUGGGGGCGUGCUGACUGACAUCGUCUGUACGUAACACUCUGACUAUGGAAGAGUACCUCAUAAAACCCCACUACAAAAGAUCCCAACUACUCCUUCAAUAGAAAUAUGUUAGGAUUUAUAUUUUAUUUAUGCAUUAAAUUAUUUUUGUAGAUGUAUCUGGAAUACAUGGCAUAAUUUUAUACCUAUUUAUAUUUUAUUUAUUUUUUUAGCGCGUUGUCUCCUCUCCUUUAGAAAUGUACCAGAGAUCAUUUAAUGCUGAAAUCAAAAUAAAACAUCUAGCUCAUAUAGAGCGUGGUCUGUCAAGUUUCUCAGUUUGCAUCACCUCAAAGGGAAGAAGAUUUAAAUUUUCAUCAUCCUCUUAUUACAUCUGCAGCAAUGUG